UUGUGCGUGCACGCAAGGUGCCCCCCCCCACAAGUGCCAAAGAGUUUAAGUGCACGCAUGUCAACGAUGGCGGAAGUCAUAAAAUACAAGAGCGUCAUGGCGGGGGCGGAGCUACACCAAGCAAACAAUGUGGAGCUGGCUCACUGUAGGUCAGUCUCGUGAAGGGGACGCCUCGGGCUGAGCCGUGUCAGGGCAGUGCCAGUGUUUGGAGAGUGCCACUUACACCAGGAGUGCCACUUACACCGGGAGUGCCACUUGGGUCCGCUGCAGGAGGAGAGGCUACUGCACGUGCCCUAGUAAGCGACGCCUCGACCCCACCCUUCUUCUUGCUUGUGAAGCCGAGAAGGAUGCGUCUGUGGGUGGUGGUGACACUGAUGGUGUGCAGCCUGAGGGUGGAGGCAGCCAAGAAGGGAGAACCACCGAAGGAAGAUAAGAACAAAGAUGAUUGUGAAGAUCUGUCGAUACUCCCGCCAAGGAAGAGAAAUUUAUGCAAUGCCAACAUGCUGUUGUUCGUUGCCUCGAGAAGGAACACUCGCAAGAUUGAGAAGCUCCUAGGACAACCAGACCGAACCUACCUACUUACCUACGUUGAGAGCACAGCGGGCAAGAAGAAGGGAUAUAAUGCGUUGUUGUGGGCAGCGGAGACAAACAGCACCAAGGCCGUAAGUCUUCUGGUCGAGGCCGGCUCCUCUGUCAACCACACGAGUGAAACAGGUAUGAGUGCACUUUACCUGGCUGCAGAGAACAGCAACAGAGAGAGUGUUGAGAUCCUGCUCAACAACACUGCCGACCCCAACACCAUGACUAAGUAUGGCUACACUCCACUGCUCGUUGCUGCCUGGAAUCAAUGUGCGGAUAUUGUAAAGCUGUUGUUAGAUCACAAAGCUGACCCGAACAUCACCACUCCGAAGUCACAUUACUCUGCACUGUAUGUUGCGGCCAAGAUGGGCAGCUUGAAAAUUGUGCAGAGUAUUUUAGAAGCUAAUGGUAACCCAAACAUCCAGACCUCCUGGGGCGUGACUCCGCUCCACUCGGCCACCUACUGGGGCCACCAUGAUAUUGUUAAGGCCUUGCUGAAGGCUGGAGCUGACCCCAACAUACAGGAGAAAGAUGGGUAUACUGUUUUACAAAAAGCAGCUUACUACAAUUAUCCCAAGAUUGUCGACUCCUUGAUUAGCAGUAAAGCUGAUGUGAAUCUCCAAAACAAAAAUGGAUUUACAGCACUGACCCUAGCAGCGACGGAAGGUCACACUGGCUUGGUCACCAAACUCCUUGCUUCCGGUGCUAAUGUGAAUCAUCAGGAUACAUCUGGUUCUACAAGCUUGCAUCUGGCUGUGAGAAAAAAAUGGGUGGCCGUCAUCAAGAAGCUGCUGAACGCUUGUCCCGAUAUAACACUCAAGGAUAAGAGAGAAAGGACACCACUGGAUAUUGCCAAGUCUACCAACAACUCCGAAGUCAUUAGCCUCACUGAAGGAUACAGUGCCGCUGCUUGCAAGACAUAAUUCGGGAAGAUUCGGCCUAAUUUCUCUCGUAAUUUUUGGACUGGUGACUUGCAGGUAUCACUUCAAAGGAUGAGGCCACCUUACGUCCAGGACCAAUUGUCGUAGUCUUCAGAGAUUGUGAUCUGUUGGUCAAUAUACUUUUUCAGAUAAAUGAUUAUUUUGCACUUUAAUAAUAAUAAUAAUAAAUCAAU